CGCUGUAACAUAUGAGCUACAGCGUCAGUUUGCUGCUGCUUCUCCUGUUUCCUCCUCGAAAGGAAUCGGUGACAUCUGUCGAAUAAACAAGCAAAACUCUGUCAGAUCAACGGUCACCGGCGAGCUUUAGCGUUAUCCUUUUGGCCGAGGCUAAUGCAGUGGCGCUUAACGCAGCCUGCUAGCUUAAACAUUGCACCAUGAGCUGUCUCAGCUAGCCGAGGCUGCUAGCAUGUUAGCCGCCUAGCGAUGCCUCUAGCUCCUGCCAACCAGUCCCAGCUGAUCCGCUCCAGUCAGAAGGACGAAUUCUACCAGAGCGUCCUGAGGAACAACGCGAACGAAGCCUUCCAAGCGGUCGCUGGAUCCAAACGAUGGCUGGACUGGAGGAAAGAGAUCGAGCUGCUGUCAGACAUCACGUACUAUGGUUUAACAACGUUCUCUGGUUAUCAAACUCUGGGUGAAGAGUACGUCAGCAUCGUCCAAGUGGAUCCCACUAAACGACAGAUCCCGUCCAGAGCCAGACGAGGCCUCUUUGUUCUCUGCCAUGCCUUGUUCCCGUACCUCCUGGACAAGCUCCUUGUCUGCCUGGAGAACGAACUGGAAGGGGGCCAGGAGAGCCGCGCGGCCGCCGGUCGCAGGCACGCGACGUCUGGGCCGUGGAGCCUGGAGUUGUGGCUGAGGCGAUGGGUGGCGCGGGCGGUGGGCCUGCUGUCAGAACCCCAGAGGAGUGCGUGUCUGCCUGCCGUGUUUGUCCUGCGGCAGGGUCUGACCCUGCUGCAGCGGCUCCACGUGGCUCUCUUCUACAUCGGUGGCUGCUUCUAUCACCUGUCCAGGAGGGUGGCAGGAAUCAGCUAUCUGCGUGUGAUGGGGCCGAACACCGGCGACGGGACCAUCAGGAGCUGCUACAGGUUGCUGGGAGCCGUGUCUCUCCUUCAGCUGCUCUUCACCGUCUGUCUGCAGCUCAACAACUUCAGACAGAGGCAGCGAGCCAGGCAGGAGUGGAAGCUCUACAGGAACCUCAGUCCUCAGCGCACACAGAGCUCGAGGCCCAGAGCUGCCCGCUGUAUCCUCUGUCUGGAGGAGAGGAGACACUCCACCUCCACCCCCUGUGGACACCUCUUCUGCUGGGAGUGCAUCACAGAGUGGUGCAACAACAAGGCAGAGUGUCCCUUGUGCCGGGAGAAGUUGCAGCCUCACAGGCUGGUCUAUCUGAGGAACUACAGCUAAGAGCAGGACGUGGGCGUACAGGAAGGCCGACUGUUCUAAAGGCGCGUGAUGACAAACAGGGUUUCCAGCACCUUCUUCUGGCACGCCAUUCAAUAUCAUUCUGUUUUCGAAUGAAUUAACAAGAUGUAAUUCAGAAUAAUUAUUAUGGGAUUGUAUCAAUCAAGCCAUGUAAGUAUUGUGUUUAGUUUAAUUAAAACACGCAAAUGUCUGAAUGUUUUUUUGUGAUUAAAGACAUAAAACCAGA